ACCAUCUACUCGAUUCCUCCACUCGCACUCAUCAUACCCAUCGCACCCAUCGCAUGUACCCGCCCAUUGAGCCAUAUGAGAGUGGCAAGCUGAAGGUGUCCGAUCGGCACACGCUGCACUACGAGGUGUGCGGGAAUCAGAAAGGGAAUCCAGUCGUCUUCCUCCACGGAGGCCCCGGCGGCGGCUUCGAUCCCCAAGAUCGCAGCUUCUUCAACCCGGAGAAGUACAAGAUCAUCCUCCUCGACCAACGCGGCUCAGGGAAGUCCACGCCGCACGCGUCGCUCGAGGAGAACACGACGUGGGACCUCGUGAAGGACAUCGAGAAGUUGCGCGAGGAGCUCAAGAUCGACAAGUGGCACGUCUUCGGCGGCUCGUGGGGCUCGACGCUGUCGCUCGCGUACGCGCAGACGCAUCCGGAGCGCGUGAAGACGCUGGUGUUGCGUGGUAUCUUCACCCUCCGCAAAUCCGAGCUGCACUUCUUCUACCAGAACGGCGCGUCGCAUCUCUUCCCAGAGGCAUGGGACGAGUUCCUCGCGCCCAUUCCAGAAGAGGAACGCGGGGAUAUGGUUCUCGCGUACCAUGCGCAGUUGAAUUCGGUCGACCCGGAUGUGCGCACCCGCGCGGCGAAGGCUUGGUCCAAGUGGGAGAUGGCCACCUCCCGCCUAUACGUCUCCCCAGAAUACAUUGCUCGCGCCGAAGCGGAUGAGUUCGCGCUCGCGUUCGCACGGAUUGAGAACCACUACUUCAUCAACAAUGGCUUCAUGCGCGACGGGCAGUUGCUGGAGAAGCAGGAGAUCGACAAGAUCCGCCACAUCCCAACGGUGGUCGUGCAGGGGCGGUACGAUGUUGUUUGUCCGGCAACGACCGCCUGGGCGCUUAAGAAGGUCUUCCCUGAAAUCGAGCUGCACAUCGUCCCCGACGCGGGCCACUCGGCGCGCGAGCCAGGGAUCGCGAAGUUGCUGGUGGAGGCUACGAACAAGUUUGCGGAUCUGUGAGAGUGGUAGUUCGCGACGUGAAAGGGACUGGACGAUCUAUGGGGGC